AUGAACGUUACUUGUAUUUAUAUAAUGCCAUUACCAAGUUGGGAAGCUCGGCGGCAUCGCCGUGCGCUUCUCCUUCGCCGUAAUCAAGUAACAACAGUUGAUCUAAGAUAUGAUAUAGAAAUGACAGUGGAAGGUGCACUUCUACCAAGUGAUGUUAAUGAAUAUAAUACCGAAGAAUUGUCUCAUGAGAACUAUCGACGAAAUACACCAUCAGUACAAGAUUGGGCUGCAGCAUUAAUGAUAUUUAAAACUCGUCGUUCUCAAAAUAACAAAGAUAUGGAUUAUAUGUAUCGACUACUUCGAAUAAAUCCUAGUAGCUAUUGUGUUAAUGUUUCUAAAUCAUGGGCAUCUAUCAGACGUUGUUUAACUAAUGAUGAUUCCCUAUCGUUAUAUCAAAAUUAUUAUUAUUGUCCUGUUUGUAUUACAUUAUCAUCAACAGAAUCAUGUGCUUGUGGUGUAGAAACAACAGCAACAGUUUCUUAUUCAUCAAUUAUAAAACAAAUACAACAAAUAUUAUCAAUCAAGGGAACGUAUACCAGGAUGUGUGAAAUGCGUGAUCGUAUUCUACAAAUGUAUUCAUAUACAGACUAUGUUCGUAUCUUACAAUUAUGUCCAGAAUCAUCAUUUACAUUAACUGUUAAUUCAGAUGGAAUUGAAGUGUGGCCGUUUAUGCUCGCAUUCAAUGAACUUCCAUUAUCGGAACGUUUUUCAUUAAGAAAUAUUGUAUUACCAUUGAUAUGGCCAACUGGUACAUUGCCUAAAUAUAAACAAAUUCAAGUAUCAAUAAAAUUAAUGGUUGAUGAAUUAUUAAAAAUUAGAAAAUGGUUAUGA